AUAUUUUAAAAGAUAAAAAAUUAUCGAUUUGUUAUCUAUUAAUUUUUUAUCUGUAUCAAUUCUAUUAUCUUUGAUUCAGUAGUAUUUAUCGGUGCUCACAUAUAGCGUGUGGAACGCCCAAUUUCGCGGCAAAAUGGCGGACCUCCAAAAAUUCAUAUCGGACAAGCUUCAAGAGACAAUACACAACGCGGACGUCAUGGGGAUGCUUCAAAAGCUGCUAGAAUCGUUCCAAGGCGAAGAGUCUGAGGGUCUCAAGGCGCAAUUGAAGGAGAUUAUGGAACAAUACGACGAAAUGGCUGAUUCGGAGAAGGAAAUGUUUUUGACAUAUAUCAAAGAGCUGUUGGCGCGAAAGUUGGCUAAGCAUUUCCAGAAUAAUCCACCGGAUCUGUCAAAGGUUGAGGAUGUUUUGGCGGGAGCCGUGCGUGAUCAGAUGAUAUUUGUCGCUGUUGUGGUGUUAAUUGUCAUCGGAGUUGUUGUCUUCUUUGGAUAUAAACUCUACAAGUCGAUAAAAGAGAAAGAGAUGAAGAAAGAAGAGAAGAAGAAACAGAAGCAGUCGAAAAAGAAGAAAUGAAUGUUGUAAAGUGUUUGAGAUAAUAGAUUUAAGUUUUAUUAAAUUGUUUCAGAGUCCAUUAUUAAAGUAUAUCAUCUUAAUGUCAUUAUUUAAAUUAGAUUUAGACUACGGUAACUCACGACUCAGUGUUGCACUUACUGUAAAAGAGUAUCCUAAAUACUAUAGAUUUAAAAUAUCUAUUAAAUAGCGGAAUAAUGUAUUUAAUAUUUUUUUAAUUCAUCUAAAUUGUCUCCUUGCUUUGUACAAAUAUAUUUUGGUAUUUAAUUUUCGUUUUAAUAUAAAUCUUUCUUUAUAUAUCAUUUCUAUAUUUUAUCUCGAACACUAAAGGAAAUGAUGUUAAUUUUUUAAUUUAUUUGUUGAAAAAUAAAAAUAUUUUGUAUUAAA